AGAGGCUUGGGCAAUGUCUUUCGCCUAACGUGGACAAUGCAGAACCAACCCAACCCAGUUUGAAAUAAAUACCGACAGCAGAACACAGAUCCUGCACACAACAAAAGAGACACUACGAAAUGAAGACUUGCAGGGAUUCCUUCACACUGUUUAUGCUGUUUUCCCUGAUUUUCCCAACCAAGACUUCAUCACUGAACCAGUUUUCAGGAUGUGGUCCAGGUGUUACAGCUCUCAAGCGCAGCAUAAAGAAACUGGAAAACAAACUCCUGAUCGGAGCUUGGCAGGUGGAACACUUGCAGAGGCACAAAUUCUUCCGUCCGAUUCCCCCUGCUCAGUCUUUGGCGGACUCCAACAAUGGCAGCUCGACGUUAGAAAGCUCCAACGCGACCCUGAUGAAGCCUCUCCCACCAGCAGGAAGCCUGAUGGUCCAUGACAGAGAUUGUUCUGAGCUGUUUGACAGAAUGAGACCACGCAGCGGGUUUUACCGCAUCAGGCCCAAAAUCGACCAGGAGCCAGUUUUGGUCUACUGCGACAUGGACGAUGGAGGAGGAUGGACGGUUUUCCAGAAACGGCGACAUGGAAAAGUUGACUUUGACAGAGACUGGGUGGAUUACCGAGAUGGCUUUGGCGACUACAAACUGUGGAAUGACGAGUUCUGGUUGGGAAAUGAGCACAUCUAUUCUCUGCUCUCAGAAGGUAAGAAUCUGGUGAAGAUAGACUUAAUGGACUGGGCGGGACAGAGAAGUCAUGCAUAUUAUGAGAACUUCCGGAUCACAAGUGAAGCUGAUCGUUACCGCCUCAAGUACGGGCUGUACAGUGGGAAAGCCGGAGAUGCUCUGGCAGGCGGAGGAGGCAUGGUGGAGCAGUGGUCCGCGGGCCUCAGUGGCAUGCAGUUCAGCACUAGGGAUCAGGACAAUGACCGCUACAUUCAAGGCAGCUGUGCCCAAGAGAACAAUGCAGGUUGGUGGUACAACAGAUGCCACGUUGCCAACUUGAAUGGGAAGUUCUACCGCAGAGGGGAGUACAAGGGUCAGUAUGACAAUGGCGUGGUGUGGAGCACAUGGAGGGGCCUUUGGUACUCCCUCAGACACACCACCAUGAAGGUGCGCCCUCUGCUUUUCUUGGACGCCAUGGGCAGCGGCGGAGGGGAAGGUUAAAUACACCAGCCACCUCAUGUCAUUAACAUUCAAGACUUACUACUGUUUUAUUACUCUUUGACAGUAAAAUAUCAGAGGACAUUAUCUUCUUUUAUCAUGACAAAUAAGCAAUCAUUACAAAGAAUGUAUGUAAUGUAACUCAUAAUAAAAACAAAUUGCA